UGAGAGAGGAUGACCACAGAGAUCAGCGCUCGGGGCAGACAGCGUGCCAUUGGGCAUGAGGAAUACAGCCUGUAUAGCAGCCUGAGUGAGGAUGAGCUGGUCCAGAUGGCCAUCGAGCAGAGCCUGGCUGACAAGACUCGGGGCCCAACCACUGCUGAGGCCACUGCGUCCACGCGUGUCAACCGCCAACCUGCCCAUUUCUACCCAUGGACCAGGUCGACUGUGCCUCCCGAGAACCCGCCCGCCUCGGCCCCCAAGGGCCUGUUCCAAGGGGUCAUGCAGAAAUACAAGAACUCCCAGCUGGCGCCUGUGGACCCCGUGCUGAAGGCCAUCAAGGAAGGGGACGAAGAGGCCUUGAAGGCUAUGAUCAAGGCAGGGAAGAAUCUCGCAGAGCCCAACAAGGAAGGCUGGCUGCCACUGCAUGAGGCGGCCUAUUACGGCCAGCUGAACUGCCUGAAGGCCCUGCAGCAAGCAUACCCAGGAGUCAUCGACCAGCGCACCUUGCAGGAGGAAACGGCCCUUUACCUGGCAACGUGCAGGGGACACCUGGACUGCCUCCGAUCUCUGCUCCAGGCUGGGGCUGAGCCUGACAUCUCCAACAAGUCCCGAGAGACACCGCUCUACAAAGCCUGCGAGCGCAAGAACGUGGAGGCCGUGCGGAUCCUGGUGCAGCACAACGCGGACACCAACCACCGCUGUAACCGAGGCUGGACAGCGCUGCACGAGUCUGUUUCUCGCAACGACCUGGAGGUCAUGGAGAUCCUGGUGAGCAGAGGCGCCAAGGUGGAAUCCAAGAAUGCCUACGGCAUCACCCCCUUGUUCGUGGCGGCCCAGAGUGGGCAGCUGGAGGCCCUGAGGUUCCUGGCCAAAUACGGUGCCGACAUCAACACGCAGGCCAGUGACAAUGCGUCCGCCCUCUACGAGGCUUGCAAGAAUGAGCACGAGGAUGUGGUGGAGUUCCUGCUCUCGCAAGGCGCCGACGCCAACAAGGCCAACAAGGAUGGCAUGCUCCCGCUGCACAUCGCCUCCAAGAAGGGCAACUACAGGAUCGUGCAGAUGCUGCUGCCGGUGACCAGCCGCACGCGCGUGCGCCGUAGCGGCAUCAGCCCGCUGCACCUGGCCGCCGAGCGCAACCACGACGGGGUGCUCGAGGCGCUGCUGGGCGCGCGCUUCGACGUGAACGCGCCGCUGGCGCCCGAGCGCGCGCGCCUCUACGAGGACCGCCGCAGCUCGGCGCUCUACUUCGCGGUGGUCAACAACAACGUGUACGCCACCGAGCUGCUGCUGCUCGCCGGCGCCGACCCCAACCGCGACCUCAUCAGCCCCCUGCUCGUGGCCAUCCGCCACGGCUGCCUGCGCACCAUGCAGCUGCUGCUGGACCACGGCGCCGACAUCGACGCCUACAUCGCGACGCACCCCACCGCCUUCCCCGCCACCAUCAUGUUCGCCAUGAAGUACCUGUCGCUGCUCAAGUUCCUCAUGGACCUCGGCUGCGACGGCGAGCCCUGCUUCUCGUGCCUGUACGGCAACGGCCCGCACCCGCCCGCCCCGCCGCGCUCCAACCGGUUCAACGACACGCCCGCCACCGACAAGGAGCCCGCCGUGGUCCAGUUCUGCGAGAUCCUGUCUGCCCCAGAGGUGAGCCGCUGGGCAGGGCCCAUCAUCGACGUCCUCCUGGACUAUGUGGGCAACGUGCAGCUCUGCUCGCGGCUGAAGGAACACAUCGACAGCUUCGAGGACUGGGCUGUCAUCAAGGAGAAGGCAGAACUUCCCAGACCUCUGGCUCACCUGUGCCGGCUGCGCGUGAGAAAGGCCGUGGGGAAGCACCGCAUCAAGCUCCUGGACGACCUGCCGCUCCCCGGCAGGCUGAUCAGGUACCUGAAGUACGAGAGCACCCAGUAACCGAGGCUGCGAGGAGGAGCGGCUCCUCAGACUGUUUCACUAAAGCCUCAGGACGGAGGCGGCGGCCCCAAGCCCCAGGGGAGGGGACCUGGUGGUAGACAGAGGCUGUGGGCUGCCGGCCGCUCAGCUGGGGCAGCUGCCGCCUCCUUGCCAGGUCUCUGGGCCCGAGCUUUGCCCGGACCAGAGAACGGAAUGUUUCAAGUAGAAGAAAAACCGUGUUUGUUUUCAAACUGCUGAGUAGACCCCGGACCUUCUCUGCCAUUGGGAAUGGAGGAGCCUCCAUCCCUGGGCCUGGGAGG